AUGUUUGUGAUGAACGAGAUACAUAACCUGGAGACGAAAUCCAAUGUAUACCCGCUGCUACUCAAGUGCAAAGCCCUAGGCAGAAUCAUCAAAGCCAACAGGACCCCUGCCUGGCCGACCAUCCCAACAAGAGAACUUCCCGAAAAGGAGGUGUGCGACAAGCUCAUUGAAUGCUACCUCGAGACAACAGAGAGCGUCUACAGAAUCCUGCAUCUACCUUCCUUCAGAAGAGACUACGAAGAGCUAUGGGAGCCCGGAGCCUAUCCUGACAUGGCAUUCAUCGUCCUCGUCAAGCUAGUGCUGGCCAUUGGCGCAAUGUCGUACGACGAUGACUUUUCCAUGCGGCCCUUGGCGAUCCGGUGGGUGUACGAAGCGCAGACGUGGGCAGCGGAGCCCGAGUUCAAGGCUCGGCUGGGCAUCCAGUUCAUCCAGCUGCAGAUAUUGCUCCUUCUUGCGAGGGAGAACGUAGGCGUCGCUGGAGACUCGGUCUGGGUAUCCGGGGGCGAGUUGCUCAGGAGGGCCAUGCACAUGGGCCUGCAUCGCGAUCCGCAUCACCUACCCAAGCGAUCUCUCUUCGCAAGCGAGAUGCACCGGAGACUGUGGAACACAAUCAUUGACAUUUCCUUGAGAAUGAGCUUGACAUCAGGAGGUCCUCCGCUCAUUUCCCUUGACGACUUUGACACGGAGCCUCCGGGCAACUACGACGAUGAGCAGCUCAUGACUGAAGGCGCAGUCCCAAAGCCUGGAGACGAAUAUACCAGCAUGUCCGUCACCAUCGCCUUCCGACGGACAUUUCCCACUCGGCUCACCGUCCUCAGGUUCCUCAACGACCUCGCCUCAUGCGGGACAUACGAGCGAACCCUCGAGCUCGACGCCGAACUCCGCUCAGCCUACAAAACCCUCUGCCAAACCCUCACGAGGUUCAAAUCAUCCCAGCCCGGUCAAUCAUCCGGCCCUUCCGCGCUCGCCCUGCGCAUCGUAGACUUCACCAUGCAGAGAUACAUAUCCGCCCUCCACACGCCCUACCUCAUCCCUGCCCUGCGCCAAACCAAGUACGCAGUCUCCCGCAAACUCGCCAUCGAAGCCGCCCUCAAGACCUGGUCCGCCGUCUACCCUUCCUCGGCCAUCAUGGCGCCGCAUCACAGCCGGGAAGACGGCUUCGGGUUUCUUCAGGGAGAUCCCCUCUCGCGGCUUGCGUGCUGCGGGCCGGGCUUCUUCAGGAUCGCCUCGUUGCAAGCGAGCCUGCUCAUCUCCGCCGAACUGGACAACCAGCUCAGAGAAGAGCAGGGGCUCGUGCCUUCGCCUCUCCGAGCAGAUCUCAUGUCCGUCAUCAAAGAGUCCAGGGAAUGGUGUCUCCGCUCCAUCGAGGUCGGCGAGACCAACGUCAAGGGCUACCUCGUCAGCUCCGUCAUACUCGCUCACCUGGAGGCCCUCACGCGCGGCCUCGAUCCCCAACAACUACCCCCCGUGUUCAUCAAAGCUGCCGAAGAGUCGGUGGAGAAGUCUCUCGCGAUAUUGGAAGAGAAGGCGGGAGGACAGGGUCAGGAUCGAGCAGUGGAUGCUCGGGAGGAGAUGGACAUGGUGGGAAAUAUACGGCCACAGAGCCCCGAUUGGGAUUUCUUGGUCUCGGACGCUCUGUUUGCGUACAAUGCUGGGAUGGUUGAGCCCAUGAACUGGAUGUUUAGCGAAAACGUCCGGUAA